AUGGCCCCCCUUGUUUUCAAAUCACUAAUAAUAUAUUUCUCACAGCUUCUGCUUCUUGUUUCAGCUGAGAAUGGAGAGUGUCCGCGAUCUUUCCAAUGUGGAUUUCUUGGCCAGAUUCGGUUUCCUUUCACAACCACUCAGCAACAACACUGCGGCUUAUUGCCUAUACAUGGCUGCGAAAAUCAUGAUCCAAUGGCUCCCAAAACCCUCCAACUAAACACCUCAACAUCAACAUCAACAUCAACAUCAACAUCGUACCCUGUUCUGAAGGUAGAAGUACCUCAUACCAUAUUUAUCACGGAUGUUGAACAUGAAAAACAUUUACUAAAUAGAAGUUGCAAUGCAUUCAGCAAGAAUUUUAGUCUUCCUCACCCCUCUCCUUCAGCUUCUUUCCGGCACAAAUAUAGUAUCACUAUUUUCAGAUGCCCUCACUCCCUCAAACCCACCCUUCCCAAAUAUUUUCAUAAAUAUUCAAACUGUUCUUCUGAGUACGAUAUCUACUAUGGCCGCCCAGAAGCAGAAACUCCACUGGAUUUAAAGGUGGAGAAAUCUUUAGCACCAUGUUCAACCAUUCAGCUUGCAGUAGAAGGAGUCUCUGGUGACGACCCGUUUCAAUUUCUAACUAGUAGUAUCGAUAUUGAAGUAGAGUUAUCAGAUGAAUGUGAAAGGUGUCUUGGAGAUGGAAAGGGCCAGUGUUUACCUGACGGUAAAGGAAAUUUCUAUUGCCCCACAGCUGUUUUAUUGCUAGCUUUUUUGGUCAAGAUCUGCUAUCCAAGAUGGAAGAAUCAAAGUUCAAUCAAUCAACGGAUUGAGGUCUUUCUGAAAAAACACGGAACCCUUCAGACUAAGAGGUAUGGUUAUUCUGAGAUAAAGAAAGUGACCAACUGUCUCAGAAACAAAUUAGGCCAAGAAGGAUUCGGUUGUGUAUACAAGGGAAAAUUACAGGAUGGACGUUACGUUGCAGUGAAGAUCCUAAACGAAUCAGAAGAUGAUGGUGAGGAAUUCAUCAAUGAAGUCGCUAGUAUUAGCAGAACUUCUCAUAUUAACAUUGUUACUCUUUUGGGGUUCUGUUGCGAAGGUUCUAGACGAGCUUUGGUUUAUGAGUUCAUGCCAAAUGGAUCACUUGAAAAAUUUAUCUUUGAAGAAAAUGCCCAAAUGACAGAUCAUCGAUUGGACUAUCAAUUGUUGUAUCAAAUUGUACUCUGUGUUGCUCGAGGACUAGAGUACCUGCAUAAAGGCUGCAAUAUUAAAAUUUUACACUUUGACAUUAAACCUCAUAACAUUCUGUUGGAUGAGAAUUUCAAUCCCAAGAUUUCAGAUUUUGGUCUAGCAAAAAUUUGCACCAGAAAAGAGAGUAUGGUUUCAAUAUAUGGUGCUAGAGGAACAGCAGGCUACAUAGCUCCAGAAGUUUUCUCCAGAAAUUUUGGUGUAGUAUCACAUAAAUCAGAUGUUUACAGUUAUGGAAUGAUGGUUUUAGAAAUGAUUGGAGGAAGAAAGAAUACUAUGACUGGCCUAGACCCCUCAAGCGAAAUUUACUUUCCCGAUUGGAUAUACAAUCGUCUUGAAUCAAACCAGGAACUUGGUUUACAACACAUACGAAAUACAAGUGAUGAAAAAAUGGUUAGAAAGAUGACAAUUGUGGGCUUAUGGUGCAUACAGACUCAUCCUUCAAGUCGACCUGCCAUAAGUAAAGUGUUAGAAAUGCUAGAAAGCAAAGUUGAGUUACUGCAAAUUCCACCUAAACCUUUCUUGUGUUCUCCUUCAACCUCUCCCAUCCAUUUCUCAAGUGAGACAUCGUAA